UCCAAUACGCUCCUUAGUAAGUUAGUGCGCUUAUGAGUGGGCGAGGGAAGAAGGACCAGAAGGGGGAUUCUGACGCUCUGUUGCAUACAGCCGCAUUGCUUCCACCGCAUCGCCGAACCUCCAUUGAUUAGUUCAGGGAGGUUGGCGCCUAACCUUUCUGUCCAAACAUCCUCUUUCGGCAUUCAGCUAUUGCAAUUUUGUAUCCAGUCUCCGACGCUUCAAGAAAAGCCUAACGGCUGUUAGCGAGUGGAAGAGUGAGAAAGAGAAGAAAGUCGCUUCGCUGCAGAACUCAAAAGCACGUUUCCAGCAUGAGCGACCACACACCUGCAGGGAACCCGAACAGCAGCCAAACGCCUGCCUCAGAUAACAAAGGAAAGACAUCUGGCAUGGCGGGGAAGCCUGAACAGGAAGAGGAGAUCGAUAUUGAUCUGGAGGCUCCAGAGACGGAGAAAGCUGCUCUCGCCAUCCAAAACCAGUUUAGGCGUUUUCAGAAGAAAAAGAAAUGCUGUAUUCUCUUGGACAUUUCAGGAAAUAGUAAACCUGUGUGGCAGAAAGAGUGCACUCAAACAUUCCUCCUGUGCUGCUUUCAGUUAAAUCCACACAAUUAAAAGUUGCUGCCAACUGCUUAAAUAAAUUUCCAUUGCUCAUGA